CAUCGCGCCAUGUUAUCGUUGCGUUGCUCCAGACUCUGCAUUGCAGAGUUGAGUUGCAAUUUGUGACUUAUCCAGUCUUGUAUCGAUACACACGAGAUAUAGAGCACAAUAGACCAAAAAGCCGGAAUUUUCAAUUUUUUAGCCAUUAAUUUUACUACUUUGGUCGUUUAAACUACUGUUUUUAUCGAAAGUUACCAAGAUGCCUGCUCCAGAUAUGAACGCCUCGCGAAUAUCAAAAUUCAAAUUUCAAGGGAAGUCUGAUGAAGCCAGAAGGAGGAGAGCCGAGGUAUCAGUAGAACUGAGAAAGGCUCACAAAGAUGAUCAAUUGCUGAAAAAAAGAAACAUCGACAUUGACGAAAAUGAGCCUCUCAGUCCACCCAGCGCCAAGUCUCCCGUAAAUAUGACUAUCGAUGAAGUCCUCUGUGGCAUGCAGUCUGAUAACGAGAUGGUCCGACUUCAAGCUACUCAAGCAUGCAGAAAAAUGCUUAGCUGUCAAAAAAAUCCGCCAAUUGAUGAAAUGAUCUCCAAGGGAAUUGUUCCUAUUUGCAUCGAGUUCCUCAAGCCCAACAACAGUACCAUGCUCCAGUUUGAAUCAUGCUGGGCACUCACCAACGUUGCCUCAGGAACAUCUGAACAGACGCAAACUGUCAUUAAACAGGGUGCCAUUCCUCUUUUAAUUGAACUUCUACAGUCACCAGCCUCGAACGUAGCUGAACAGGCUAUUUGGGCUCUGGGUAACAUUGCUGGUGAUGGACCUGGAGCUCGAGAUCUCGUGCUAAAGGAAGGAAUUAUAAAUCUUCUGGUCUCGCUAGUGACACCCGAGACGUCUCUGUCAUUUGUUCGCAACAUUGUUUGGGCUUUGUCAAAUCUAUGCCGAAACAAAAACCCCUCGCCUAAUUUUGAAUGCGUAAAAGAGGCAUUGCCUCUUCUCAACCGUCUUUUGAAUUAUAACGACAAAGAGAUUCUCAGUGAUACUUGCUGGGCUCUUUCAUACCUCACAGAUGGGCCAAAUGAAAAAAUUCAAGCAGUCAUUGAAGCCAAUGUCGUACCCAAGCUAGUGGAGUUGCUGGCGUCUCCUGAAGUUACGAUUCUCACACCUGCUUUACGAGCUGUAGGCAAUAUUGUCACUGGAAGCGACAUACAAACCGAUACAGUAAUUGCACAUGGUGCUUUAAGAUAUUUCGGAAACCUAUUAUCGCACAAAAAAACUAAUAUUGUUAAAGAAGCUGCAUGGGCUGUUAGUAAUGUGACAGCUGGUAAUGUCGAGCAAAUACAGCAAGUCAUUGACGCUAAUAUCAUUCCUCCUCUAAUCAACGUUAUGCAUCAGGGUGAUUUCAAAUCAAAAAAAGAGGCCACUUGGGCUAUAACAAAUUUGACUUCCGGAGGUAAUGUCAAUCAAAUUGCUUUCAUAGUGCAGUGCGGUGCCUUGAAGCCAUUGUGUGAUCUACUCGAGUCCAACGACGGCAGGUGCAUUUCAAUAGUUCUAGAUGGCCUUAAUUAUAUUUUGACUGCUGCAGAAAAAAUGGGCGAAACAGACCGAGUAGCUCUGAUGAUCGAAGAAGUCGGAGGUUUAGACAAACUUGAGGCGCUUCAGAGACAUGAAAAUGAAGAGAUUUAUGAAAAGGCUGCUACCAUGAUUGAUAGAUUUUUUUCAGAAGUUGAAGGAGAUCAAAACAUUGCUCCAAGUACAAAUAUACAUGGUCAAGUCGAGUUUCAAGUAACACCUGUCACGCCACAGGAUGCUUUUCAAUUUUAAAUCCAACAAGUUGCAGUGUACAUAAUUACGAUUUUAUUAUUGCUAAACAAUUUCACGUAGAAGAGAGGUCAGCACAAGCUUAUAUUUUUAAGAACGUUUUCUAUUUACUGAGUUCUGAAAUAUUUAUUUGUUAUCGGUCAUAAAAAUUAAUUAAAAAGAAUUAUUGAUGUUUAUGUUAGGAAUUAAAAUCAUAAAAAAAUGAAUUCUUUGAGGCUGGUCUGCAUUUGGAAAAAUUUGUAACUGUUAAAGAACUUUUCCUACUUUUGUAAUGAAUUAAAAUUUAUCAAUUUGUGAAACA